AUGGUUUCCAGUUACGAGAUAUUAUCACCUCUUACUCUUAAGAUGACAACAUGGCUAAUGGCAAUUUUCUGUCUGGCAACCGCGGGCUGUUCAAACGUUACGGAUCAGCAAACAUCUGAGACACAUCACGAUCAGCAGGUAGCGAUCUUGAAACAGAUCAGAAAAGUGAAUGAAGACGGCUCUUACACGUACGGUUACGAGGCGGGCGAUGGAUCAUUCAAGGUCGAGAGUCGUGACGUUCUAGGCAACAUCAAGGGUACGUUCGGUUUCGUCGACGCGGACGGUGAAAUAAAAAGGGUGUCGUACUCUUCCUCUAACGGGACAGGGUUUAAAGCAACCACCGUGUCGCCAUUGCAGGAACAAGUGUCCGUCGUGCAGAGCAUUCCGCGUGUAAACCGUACCACCACGACCAAGAAGCCGAACAUCAUCUAUCCCUCGUCCACCGAACCGACUACAAAAACAUCGGUGGUUCAGUCUAUACCGCGAAACAGAAAAGCCACAACUACAUCAACCACGACGACAACAACAACGACAAGCACAACAGAGCAACCGAAAUCGAUAUUCGGUCAUUAUUUAAAAGGCACCGGGAAAAGUAGGCCUCGUUUUGUGAUAAACGGACAACAAAGGCCUCUGGUGAUAGAAGAAGAAGGAGGAAUAGAGGAUGAAGACUCUCAGAUAAAUCGACCGAGCACAGACGACAAAACCUCCACCUACAGACGAAUCAUAUUUGCUAGACGGCCAAUCGAGCAAACCCUUCGACCGAUCUCGGAUGACUUCGUGGAGAAAGACGACGAGGCCAAAGUGACGACUGGAAAUACGUUGAGAAGACAGCUGCACGACGAAACCACGAAGUCCAAUCCAAUCGUGGAAACCAAUAACGACGACCAUCCUGACGUUUACGGCGGAUCUUUGUCCACGACGCGGCCUUUGUUCACCACGACCACGCCGCCGAGGGUCCUCCAACGUGUCCCGGCUAACCGCAUCGAACGACCAAAGGUGUACGUAAACCGAGAGAAUCUUGGCCCAGCAAGAUUCGAAAACGUGAAGUACGACAAUUCUCGAGCAUACGAAGCAGAGACGAAAGCUACUCGGGAAGAAGUUCGUAUUCCUGCACGAGUAUCUGAGAAUAGAGAGUACGUACGGCAAAGCACGGAGCCUGUCUUCGUCAGACAGCAACCGGAACAGUUCUUGCGCGAGUUACCUGGUGGAAGGAUCCUACUGCCGACUCAGCCAAACAACCUCGAGGAAGAUCCAGCUUACAGACAAAUUCCUCUUAAUAGAAUCUUACUACGUCCUCUGCCAGGUCAACAGCCAAUUUAUUCAACUACAACAGACGCUAAUAUUCAUUAUCUGACAGAGAGUACACUCCCGGAGCAAGAAGAAGACCCAAGAGUCGCGGUGACUCCGGGAUACAUACGUCCACGACCGUUUCCACGGCCAAUGAUCUAUCCGGAGCCCGAUCCAAGACCUAGACCAGUUCUAAGACCAGUCCCGCAAACGGUAUCACCACCAGCUGACGACAGAGAGUAUCAAUCGACUCCAGAGUAUCCGUACAGAGGCAGUACGAUCGCUCUUCCCCCAGAGCCUCCUAACCCAAUUGCUCCUCCUCUUAGCCGACGGGACUUCCAGAUGCUCCUAAGAAGACUACUUGUUAGCCAAUACGGUGUCCAGGCUUUGUCUUAUCCGAAAACAUACCUAGAAGAUGCUUUAUACGAUCAGCAACCGUACCCAUCCUAUCAGCCAGGUUACCAAACGCCUGCCCCGCGAUCAGAGAUUGGGUAUGAUCAGCAGUUGUCUGUUCAGUAUGGCGAUCGGGUGCCUGUAAGGCGCCCCGUGUACGCUAGAGCACUGAAUCCUAUCUAUCAGCCGCAGCAAUACGAAGAAUACAACGAUGGCAGGUACUCCAAAAGAGUUUACAGGCAAAAGUUCUACACGCAAGACGUCACCGAUGACGGGGACGAGAUCUUGCCUGCCCCUAUUAGGGAAGCUUUAUUGUUGAGGAUGCUGCAACUGGCCAUCAAUGUUGAACGUCCAACCAUGGUCACGACUCCAAUGAUGACCACGACGACGCCAGCGACCAGGUACAGGAAAGCUGGACCGAUCAGAAGUGUACAAAUCAUCACAGAUGACGACGACGAGAAGGAUGUUAUGAAGAAGAAAAUGUAA